GGUUCAGCUCGACAACAUUCGCUGUAUAUCUGGGAGAAGGGUGUAGGCAAUCUCGUUAAAAUAUUACAUGGUACUAAGGGGGAACUUUUACUUGAUGUAGUGUGGCAUCCAGUACGACCUAUUAUUGUAUCAAUAUCAAGUGGUUUAGUUUCUAUCUGGGCUCAGAAUCAAGUUGAAAAUUGGUCAGCGUUUGCCCCUGAUUUUAAAGAAUUAGAUGAAAAUGUAGAAUAUGAGGAGAGAGAAUCAGAAUUUGAUCUGGAAGAUGAAGACAAAGAAAAAGAAGAAAAUGCAAAUGGUAAAGAAGAGGAAGAGGUAGAUGUAGAUGUGACAACUGUGGAACCAAUUCAAGCUUUUGUCAGCAGUGAUGAAGAGAGUGAAGAUGGAGAUGCUUUAUUGUAUUUACAUGUUUCACCAGAAAUAGAGGAACCAGAGGAAGGGUGGCCAGUACCAACUGAUGUGGUAAGUUAUCUCCCUUGA